AUGGCUUCAAUACUUUUCUUUCUUCUUCUCUCUGUAUCUUUUACAGCUUCAGCUCAAAGACAAACCAACAUAAGUCUCCGAUCUUCUUUAACACCUCUCACAAAUUCCUCAUGGUUUUCCCCUUCCGGUCUUUAUGCAUUCGGAUUUUACCGACAAGGCAACGGCUACUCUAUAGGGGUUUUUCUAGCCGGGAUUUCACUAAACACUGUUGUGUGGAGUGCAAAACGGGAUGAUCCACCGGUCCCUACCAAUGCGACCUUGCUCUUCAGCAGUGACGGCAGGGUUGUCUUGCAAUCAGCACAAGGGGAUGAAACUUUGAUAGAUUCACCUUCCCAGCCAGCUUCUUUAGCUGCCAUGUCUGAUUCAGGCAACUUUAUGCUCUAUGAUUCUGAUGGCAAGAUUAUAUGGCAGAGUUUUGACCACCCAACAGAUACCCUGUUGCCAACUCAACAGCUCAAAGCAGGGGCAGAGCUGGUUUCUAGUGCUUCAGAAACUGGCCACUCAACUGGGUUUUACCGUCUCAAGAUGCAACAUGAUGGCCACCUUGUGCAGUAUCCUGUUGAUACUCAAGAUACAGCUCCAUAUUCUUAUUGGGCAUCUGGUACAAAUGGAUAUGGAGAUAAUGUGACACUAAAUCUUGAUCAGGAUGGCCACCUCUACCUUCUUAAUGCCACACUCUUCAACAUAAAAAACAUUACAGUUGGAGGAUAUCCCACAAAAGAAACAAUUAAUAUGAUGAAACUUGAUGCUGAUGGGAUUUUCAGAAUAUAUUCAAAAAAUCUGACACGGAAUGGAAACUGGUCAGCUGAGUGGUCAUCCACAGAAGAUAAGUGUGACCCCAAAGGAUCGUGUGGCCUAAAUGGAUAUUGUGUUAUGAACGAUCUGGAAGCUGAAUGUAGAUGUCUUCCUCAAUUUGCAUUUGUUAACCAGGGGAAUUGGACUUCUGGCUGUGAGAGGGCUUUCAGGGCUGAAAGUUGCAAAGACAAGAAUGGAAGUGGCGCAUACACCAUCGAAGAAGUGCGUUUUACUGACUGGGAAGACGUUCCAUACUCCACUCUGUCAGUAACAGCAAAAGGCGAUUGUGAGCAAGCCUGUUUGGAAGACUGUAACUGUGAAGCAGCAUUAUUCGAUGAUGGAAAGUGCAGAAAGCAAAGGCUGCCUUUGAGAUUUGGAAGGAGAAACAUGGGUAGUACGAACUUUGCUUUGGUCAAGGUGGGUAAACCCAUAUCCCCCAUGGACAGAAAUGAGCCUAUAAUUGAGAAGAAGAAACCUAGCAGGACAAUCGUAAUAGUAAGUGUUUCAUUUGUUGCUUUUGGGCUUGUUAUGUUUGCGAUUUUCGGAAUAAUCAUUUACAGAUAUCAUGUAUUGGCAUACAAAAGGGUGCCUAAUAAUGAUGGUACCGGAUCGAAUCAGGAAUUUGCUCCUCGAGCUUUCACUUUUGCAGAACUAGGAAAUUUUACUGGUGGUUUCAAGGAAGAAAUUGGCAGAGGAUCCUUUGGGACAGUUUAUAAAGGGUUAAUACCUAGUACUCAGAAGGUUAUUGCUGUCAAAAGACUAGAGAAAGUUUUAGCUGAAGGGGAAAGAGAAUUUCAGAAUGAGAUGAAAGUUAUUGGGAAAACACAUCACAGAAAUCUAGUCCGUCUGCUCGGCUACUGCCAUGAUGAACAUAAUAGGCUCUUGGUGUAUGAGUACAUGAGCAAUGGCUCCCUUGCUGACAUACUCUUCUCCCCAGAAAAAAGGCCUUGUUUCAUUGAAAGGUUGGAAAUUGCUCGCAACAUUGCAAGGGGUAUUGUUUAUCUACAUGAAGAGUGCGAGACACAGAUCAUUCACUGCGAUAUAAAACCUCAGAACAUACUAAUAGAUAAAUAUAGGUGCCCAAAAGUUUCUGACUUCGGAUUGGCAAAGUUGCUGAAGCCAGACCAAACUAACACCUUUACUGGAAUUAGAGGGACAAGGGGAUAUGUAGCACCAGAAUGGCACCGAAAUAUGCCGGUGACAGUUAAAGCAGAUGUUUAUAGCUUUGGUGUUAUGUUGUUGGAGAUCACAUGUUGUCGAAAGAAUGUGGAUUACAGUCUUCCAGAGGCAGAAGCUAUUCUUGAAGUUUGGGUUUACCAAUGUUUUCAGGAUGGUGGUAUGGAUAAACUAGCGGGUGAUGAAGUUGCUGACAAGAGACAAUUUGAGAGGAUGGUUAAAGUGGGACUUUGGUGCACUCUAGAUGAGCCAUCGCUCCGACCUUCAAUGAAAAAGGUUCUGUUGAUGUUGGAGGGGACAGUAGAAAUCCCUAUCCCUCCAAGUCCUAAUUCUUUUUUUACUGCUAUAUAA